AGAGGACGGACGGCGAUGGCGGCGGUCGCAGCGGACCCGGCCGCAGCUGCCGUCGCGGAGGCCGCUGAAGACAGAGAAAUACAGAAUGAGGCGAUCCCUGGUCUGGACGACCAGUGGCGCCAAAUCGAGAAUGGCGAGAGUGGGCGAGAACGUCCACUGCGGGCUGGCGAAAGCUGGUUCCUUGUAGAGCAACGCUGGUAUAAACAGUGGGAGGUGUACGUGCAGGGAGGGGACCAGGACGCCAGCACCUUUCCUGGCUGCAUCAAUAAUGCUGAGCUCUUUGAAGAUCAGAUAAACUGGCGCCUCAAAGAGGGACUGGUGGAGGGUGAGGAUUAUGUGCUGCUUCCAGCAGCUGCCUGGCAUUGCCUGGUCAGCUGGUAUGGCAUAGAGCAUGGCCAGCCACCUAUUGAACGCAAGGUCAUAGAGCUGCCCAACAUGCAGAAGGUGGAAGUGUAUCCAAUAGAGCUGCUGCUUGUCCAGCACAGUGACAUGGACACAGCUCUCACUGCUCAGUUCAGCCACUCUGAUUCUGUGGACCUAAUAUUGCGCACAGCUCGGGAGCAAUUUCUGGUGGAACCCCAGGAAGACACACGCCUUUGGAUCAAGAAUGCCGAAGGCUCUUUGGAUCGCUUGUGCAACACACACAUUACGCUGCUUGAUGCUGCCAUUGAGACUGGGCAGUUGGUCAUCAUGGAGACCCGAAACAAAGAUGGCACUUGGCCCAGCGCACAGCUACGUGUCAUGAACAGUGUGUCGGAAGAGGAUGAGGACUUCCAGGGCCAGCCUGGCAUCUGUGGCCUCACCAAUCUGGGCAACACGUGCUUCAUGAACUCGGCCCUGCAGUGUCUCAGCAAUGUGCCACAGCUCACGGAGUACUUCCUCAACAACCGCUACCUAGAGGAGCUCAACUUCCGAAACCCAUUGGGCAUGAAGGGUGAGCUCGCAGAGGCCUAUGCAGACCUGGUAAAGCAGGCAUGGUCCGGCUACCAUCGUUCCAUCGUGCCCAAUGUGUUCAAGAACAAGGUUGGCCAUUUUGCAACCCAGUUUCUGGGCUAUCAGCAACAUGACUCACAGGAGCUGCUGUCGUUUCUUCUGGAUGGGCUUCAUGAAGACCUAAAUCGGGUCAAGAAGAAGGAAUAUGUCGAGUUGUGUGAUGCAGCUGGACGGCCAGAUCAGGAGGUUGCUCAGGAGGCCUGGCAGAACCACAAACGGCGGAAUGAUUCUGUGAUUGUGGACACUUUCCAUGGCCUCUUCAAGUCCACACUGGUGUGCCCUGAUUGUGGCAACGUGUCUGUGACCUUUGACCCCUUCUGCUACCUCAGCGUCCCACUGCCUGUCUGCCAUAAGAGGGUCCUGGAAGUUUUCUUUGUCCCCAUGGAUCCCCGCCGCAAGCCAGAGCAGCAUAGAGUUGUGGUCCCCAAGAAAGGGAAUAUCUCGGAUCUGUGUGUGGCUCUGUCCAAACACACAGGUAUAGCGCCAGACAAGAUGAUAGUGGCAGAUGUCUUCAGUCACCGCUUCUAUAAGCUUUAUCAGUUGGAGGAUCCUUUGAGUGGCAUCUUGGACCGUGAUGAUAUCUUUGUAUAUGAGGUGUCAGGUCGGAUUGAGGCCAUUGAGGGCUCAAGAGAUGACAUUGUGGUUCCUGUCUACCUGCGGGAGCGCACUCCAGCCCGAGACUACAACAACUCCUACUAUGGUCUGAUACUUUUCGGGCACCCCCUCCUGGUAUCAGUGCCCCGAGACCGGUUCUCCUGGGAGGGCCUAUAUAACAUCCUGAUGUACCGGCUUUCACGCUAUGUAACCAAACCCAGCUCAGAUGAAGAGGAUGAUGGAGAUGACAAAGGCGAGGAUGAAGACAGUGAUGAAGAAGAAAAAGAGGAAAUGCCUGGGCCCUCCACCAGGGGCAGCCUUCGAGACUCUGAGCGAGAACAGGCUGGGCCUAGCUCUGGGGUCACCAGGAGGUGCCCAUUCCUCUUGGACAAUUGCCUUCGGACAUCUCAGUGGCCCCCAAGGCGACGGCGUAAGCAACUGUUCACCCUGCAGACAGUGAACUCCAACGGAACCAGUGACCGCACAACCUCCCCUGAAGAAGUGCAAACCCAGCCAUACAUUGCCAUGGACUGGGAGCCAGAGAUGAAGAGGCGCUACUAUGAUGAGGUGGAGGCUGAGGGCUACGUGAAGCAUGACUGCGUUGGGUACAUGCUGAAGAAGGCUCCAGUGCAGCUGCAGGAGUGCAUUGAGCUAUUCACUACUGUGGAGACCCUGGAGAAAGAAAACCCCUGGUACUGCUCCUCCUGCAAACAGCACCAGCUGGCCACCAAGAAACUGGACCUGUGGAUGCUGCCUGAGAUUCUCAUCAUCCACCUGAAGCGCUUUUCCUUUUCAAAGUUUUCCCGUGAGAAGCUGGAUACUCUCGUGCAAUUUCCUAUCCGGGAUCUGGACUUCUCCGAGUUUGUCAUCAAACCACAGAACGAGUCGGCUCCAGAGCUGUACAAAUAUGAUCUCAUUGCAGUUUCCAACCAUUAUGGGGGCAUGCGCGAUGGACACUAUACAACAUUUGCCUGCAACAAAGACAGUGGCCAGUGGCACUACUUUGAUGACAACAGUGUGUCACCUGUGAAUGAGAAUCAGAUUGAGUCUAAGGCAGCCUACGUCCUGUUCUACCAACGCCAGGAUGUGGCACGCUGCCAGUCCCAGCCUGGCUCAUCUGGCUCUUCAGUCUCCACCACUUGCAGUUCCCCACCCAACCCUGAGUUCAUGGAUGUUAACUGAGCAGCCCUGGAGCUCACCACAGGGAAGGAAGCCCUGUCUGCCACCCUACUUCUUGUGUCCACCCCACUCUUACCCGUGUUCGGUGCCCCCCCCAGGCAUUGCAGGCUUAGACGUGGCUACUGUUUUCCUGUGCUGCUGUAUUUCUCUUGCCUGGAAAGAAGAGGCCCUGUGCCCCUGGCAGUGUGCCCUGCCUGUGUGUGCCCGUAGAGCAGUGACCUUCCCUUCUAGUCUUAUUUAUGGUGUCCCCUCCCCUCUUUCCCCACCCGUGAGUGUUCUUAGUGGCCAAUGAUGGGGGUUCACCUGAACACAGAGUGUAUUUUCUUAUUGAGACCCUGUACCUUUCUCUGUGUGUGUCAAAUACAUAAAGCUCCAGUCUGUUCCUUA